GAAAAAAAAAGUCUGUUCAAACUCUGCAGAGGAGGAACCAGAGGGCCUAGAGCUCUCCUUCCCGGGUUUUCUGUCGGUGUCGUGCGUUUCGGAGCUCCGCACAGUGUGAACCGGGCCGGCCGGGACAGCCCGUCAACUUUCUACCUUAUUAUCUGAAGCAAGCCGCGCAGCGCAGAGAGGACCAUGUCCACCUCAGAGGAGACGGACGGGCUCCGGCCGAGAUAUGGCUCUGUCCUGGACGGUGUGGAGCGGCUCACGGCGGAGGAGAUGGAUGAGCGGCGGCAGGCCAACAUGGCCUACGAGUACCUGUGUCACCUGGAGGAAGCCAAAAGAUGGAUGGAGGCCUGCCUGGACGAGGAGUUGCCCCCGACAACAGAGCUGGAGGAAGGGUUGAGGAAUGGCGUUUAUCUGGCCAAACUGGGCAACUUCUUUGCACCGAAAACUGUUUCCCUCAAGAAGAUCUACGACCGCGAGCAGACGCGUUACAAGGCCACCGGUCUCCAUUUCAGACACACAGACAAUGUCAUCCAGUGGCUCAACGCCAUGGCAGAGAAAGGACUGCCGAAGAUCUUCUACCCCGAAACCACAGACAUUUAUGACAGAAAGAACAUGCCACGCUGCAUCUACUGUAUACACGCUCUCAGCCUGUACUUGUUCAAGCUGGGUUUGGCCCCUCAGAUCCAGGAUCUUUACGGAAAAGUGGAUUUUACUGAGGAAGAGAUCAACAACAUGAAGAGUGAGCUGGAGAAGUACGGCAUCCAGAUGCCCGCCUUCAGCAAGAUCGGCGGGAUUUUGGCCAAUGAGCUCUCGGUGGAUGAAGCUGCAUUGCAUGCCGCUGUGAUCGCCAUCAAUGACGCCAUCGACCAGGGUGUACCGGAGGGGACGCUGGCCGCUAUGCAGAACCCCAACGCCAUGCUGGUGACCCUGGAUCACAGCUCGGCCCUCCAGUACCAGGACACACUGUACCGGGCCAAAGGAGAGAAGGUGGCCAACUCACGGAAACGGCAAAUGGAGAACACUGAAGCAGAGAGGGACGUCUACGACGAGCUUCUCACCCAGGCUGAAAUACAGGGCAACAUCAACACGGUCAACAUGACCAAUGCCCUGAGUUCGGCCGAGCAGUCUGUGCUGAGUGGAGAUGAGGAUAAGUUAUAUGCAGCGCUGAAGGCGAUGGGCGUUCAGAACCUGCAGCCUCAGAACAAAGGCUGGUACCUGAAACAGCUGCAGGGCGACCGGGAGACUAAGGAGCAGACGUCUCCAGGUGAAGCUCUGACCAAGGACGAGCUGCAGAGUGGCGUGGACGUGGCCAAUGUGAUCGCAGAAGGCUACCUGAAAAUGCUGAAAGCAGUGGAGCGAAUCAACGCCGCCAUCAGAGCAGGCGUUCCGGAGAAGACGGUGGAGGAGCUGAUGAAUCCUGACGCUCAGCUGCCCGAGGUUUACCCGGGCGCCGCAGACCUCUACCAGAGAGAGCUGUCCAGUCUGCAGCAGCAGAGCCAAGAGGGCUCGCUGACCCACCCUGAGUUGCUUGUUGCCGUGGAGAUGCUGUCAUCGGUGGUGCUGAUGAACCGGGCAAUUGACGUUGGAGACCGAGCCGGCCUCUGGAAACAGCUGUCCAGCUCCGUAACCGGACUCAGCAACGUGGACGACGAGUACGCGCAGAGAUAUAUGGAUGAGCUGAUGCGUCUCAAAGCGGCCGCCAGAGAGGAAGGCGCCGACUAUCUGACCUGGAACGACAUCCAGGCCUGCAUCGACCAAGUCAACGUGGCUGUGCAGGAGGAGCAUGAACGAAUUGCAGCCAUCGGACAGAUCAACGAGGCCCUGGACGAAGGAGACCCCAUGAAGACCCUGGAAAUGCUGCAGAACCCGUCGGCCAAGCUGACGGACGUGGACCCGUCCGUGGCCCAGCACUACCACGAUAAGCUGCUGGAGGCCCGCCGAGAGAAGGCUCACGAGACGCAGGACCCGUCUGCUGUGCUGUGGCUCGAUGAGAUCCAGGACGCCGUCAUCAAGGCCAACCAGGACACAAAGGAGGCUUUGCAGUUCUCACAGUCCAUCCAGACCAUCAACGAGGCGGUGGACACCGGAGACGCGGCUCAGACUCUGGCUGCUCUCCGUAAUCCCGGAACCGGUCUGUACGGCGUCACCUCCGAGUGUGCACAGACCUACCAGGACGACCUGGCCAAGAUUAAAGACCAGAAGAAGACAGAAGGAGAUAACGGUAGUGACUGGGUGAAGCACUGGGUCAAAGGAGGACACAACUACUACUACAACCUGCAGACCAAGGAGGGCACGUGGGUGGAGCCAGAGGGCUUCCUGCAGAACAACGCCCAGCUGAACAAGGAGGACAUCCAGGGGGUGGUUUCUGGUGUAACCACAGCCUACAACCGAGAGCAGCUGUGGCUGGCCAAUGAGACUCUCAUCACCAAACUCCAAGCUCGUUGCCGCGGUUACCUGGUGAGAAACGGCCUGAAGAAGCGGAUGACCUUCCUGAAAUCCCAGAACCCCGCUGUUACCUGCAUACAGGCUCACUGGAAAGGCUGCAAACAGAGGAGGAAGUUCAAGGAUCGUAAGGAGUUUCUCAAAGACCACACUAAAGAGGCGGUUAAGAUUCAGUCCAUGGUUCGCAUGCAUCAAGCUCGUAAGAAGUACAAGGAUCGCCUCAAGUACUUCCAAGAUCACAUCAACGAGGUGGUGAAGAUUCAGGCCUUCAUCAGAGCCAACAAAGCACGAGACGACUACAAGACGCUGAUCAGCGCCGACGAUCCACCGAUGGCGGUGGUGAGGAAGUUCGUCCACCUGCUGGACCACAGCGACCAGGACUUCCAGGAGGAGCUGGAGCUGAUGCGGCUCCGCGAGGAGGUCGUCACCAACAUCCGCUCCAACCAGCAGCUGGAGAACGACCUGAACCUGAUGGACAUCAAGAUCGGCCUGCUGGUGAAGAACAAGAUCACGCUGCAGGAGGUGGUGUCCCACAGCAAGAAGCUGACCAAGAAGAACAAGGGCCAGCUGUCCGACAUGAUGAUGAUGAACAAGCAGAGGGGAGGCCUGAAGGCUCUCAGCAAGGAGAAGAGGAUUAAACUGGAGGCCUACCAGUUCCUGUUUUACCUGUUGCAGACCAACCCCACAUAUCUCGCCAAGCUGAUCUUUCAGAUGCCACAGAAUAAAUCCACAAAGUUCAUGGACAGUGUGAUCUUCACCCUCUACAACUACGCCUCAAACCAGAGAGAGGAGUACCUGCUCCUGAAGCUCUUCAAAACCGCCCUGCAGGAGGAGAUCAAGUCAAAGGUGGACCAGAUGAGGGAGGUCGUCACGGGAAACCCAACGGUGAUCAAGAUGGUGGUGAGUUUCCACAGAGGAGCCCGGGGUCAGAACGCGCUGAGGCAGAUCCUGGCACCGGUCGUCAAGGAGAUCAUCGAAGACAAAACGCUAAACAUCAAGACCGACCCGGUGGACAUCUACAAAAGUUGGGUGAACCAGAUGGAGACGCAGACUGGAGAAGCCAGUAAGCUGCCUUACGACGUCACGCCGGAGCAGGCUAUGGCUCACGAGGAGGUGAGGACCAGACUGGAAGCCUCCAUCAAGAACAUGAAGAACAUCACCGACAAAUUCCUGUCGGCAAUAGUCGUCAACGUGGAUAAAAUUCCAUAUGGAAUGCGGUUCAUCUCGAAGGUGCUGAAGGACACCCUCCACGAGAAGUUCCCAGAUGCUACAGAGGAUGAGCUGCUCAAGAUUGUGGGGAACCUUCUGUAUUACCGCUACAUGAACCCCGCCAUUGUGGCGCCGGAUGCCUUCGACAUUAUCGAGGUGUCCGCUGGUGGUCAGCUGACCACGGAGCAGCGACGAAACCUGGGCUCUGUGGCCAAGAUGCUGCAGCACGCUGCCUCCAAUAAGAUGUUCCUGGGAGACAACGCCCACCUCAAUCCCAUCAACGACUAUCUCAGCAACUCGUACCAGAAGUUCAGGCGUUAUUUCCUGGCAGCGUGUGACGUUCCUUCGCUUGAAGAUAAGUUCAACGUGGAUCAGUACUCAGAUCUGGUCACGGUCUCAAAACCUGUCAUCUACAUUUCCAUCGGCGAGAUCGUCAACACUCACACUCUGCUGCUGGACCAUCAGGAUGCCAUCGCUCCGGAGCACAAUGACCCCAUCCACGAGCUGCUGGAGGACCUGGGCGAGGUUCCAACGGUGGAGUCUCUGAUUGGUGAAAAUCCUCUUCCUGCCGACGACCCCAACAAGGAGCUGAUGGGGAAGACCGAGGUUUCUCUCACGCUCACCAACAAGUUCGACGUUCCCGGUGAGGCCAAUACCGAGAUGGACGCCAAGACGCUCCUGCUCAACACAAAGAGACUCAUCGUGGACGUGAUCCGGUUCCAGCCUGGAGACACCCUCACUGAGAUCCUGGACUCCACAGCCAGCACAGAACAGGAAGCAGAAUACCAGCGGGCGAUGCAGAGGAGGGCCAUCAGAGACGCAAAGACUCCAGAAAAGAUGAAGCAGGUCAAGCCCGUGGUGGACGACAGCCUGACCCUGCAGGGCAAGAAGGACAAGAUCCGGAGCAACCUGCAGAGGCUGGCGGAGCUGGGGAAGGUUCACCCGGAGAACCGCUACCAGGACCUCAUCAACGACAUUGCCAAGGACAUCAGAAAUCAGCGACGGUAUCGGCAGCGCAGGAAAGCCGAGCUGGUGAGGCUCCAGCAGACAAACUCUGCCCUGAAUUCAAAGACCAAAUUUUUCAACGUGCAGAUUGAUUCCUACAACCAGUAUAUCAAGACGUGCAUGGACAACCUGGCCACCAAGGGCAAGUUGUCAAAGAAACCAGGCGACAACAAGGCCAAGAAAAGUAAACAGGUCUCACAGAAGUACACAGCCGCCCGGCUUCACGAGAAGGGCGUCCUGAUCUCCAUCGAGGAUCUGCAGCCCAACCAGUACAAGAACGCAAUUUUCGAGAUCUCCCCAGCAGAGACCGUGGGGGUGUUUGAGGUGAAGGCCAAGUUCAUGGGCGUGCACUUGGAGACGUUACAGCUAGAAUAUCAGGAUCUCCUCCAGCUGCAGUACGAAGGCGUGGCGGUGAUGAAGCUCUUCGACAAGGCCACCAUCAACGUCAACCUGCUCAUUUUCCUGCUCAACAAGAAAUUUUAUGGGAAAUAGAGGAAGAACGAAGAGAAGGGCUACAGACACUGAAUUUAAAACACAAAAGCCCGUUUUGAGGGUUGCUUUAAAGCCCUGACCGGAAGCAUCCUGUCAUCCUACACAUUCCUUACUGCACUUCUCAACUCCACCUAUGCAGAUUCCUGUUCUUAAUUUGAUAUUAGGUUGAUCACCAUGCUGUAUGUGCUCUUAUUUGUUAUGGAACACGCCAGUGUUCAACUCUUUCUCAUGUGCUAUCGUCUGUAACUCCAGCUUUGAUCAGAGAUCUCAUUCCUUUAUUUUUAUUUUUUUUUGCUUUAAAUAUUAUGAACAUCCUGUGCAUGGGCUUUGAUUAAUUAUAAAAAGUUGUUUUAUGUAAAGACA